GAAAAAGGUGCUCCUUUUCAAUUAAAGAUAUUGUGAGUCUGUAACGUGGUUUACUUGACAAUCAGAAGAGAGAGCGUUUGUUUCUUCCUUUAUUUGGUAUUUUGGUUUCGCAUGUGAACCCCAGUCGCAGCAAAUUCAGAUUUCAGAAAAUUUCCAUUUUAUAAAUUGUAAUUGUCAUCUAAACAUGGCCUUAUCUUCUUCUUCGUCCUCCGCCUCCACAGCUUGCAGAACUCAAACCUACCUCCCGUUCAAUCGCCGUUCAUAUUCGCUCCUCCCAUUCAAUUUCAACAGCGUUAGGCCUUUCUGCUCCUCCGAUUCGCGUCGGCAUCCAAUCGUUUGCAAUCUCACCAAGAUGGCGGCGACGGCGGUCGAAAAGGAACUCGAGACGGAGCUGGCGGUGGCGGAGACUUCGCAAAGGCCGGAUUCGUUCGGUAGAUUUGGAAAAUUCGGCGGAAAGUAUGUACCCGAAACACUUAUGUAUGCUCUGACGGAGCUUGAGGCUGCCUUCAAAUCUCUUGCCACCGAUCACGAAUUUCAGAAAGAGCUGGAUGGAAUUCUGAGGGAUUAUGUUGGAAGAGAAACCCCUCUUUACUUUGCAGAAAGGCUCACAGAGCACUACAAACGACCUGACGGUAAAGGGCCUCUCAUAUACCUCAAAAGAGAAGACUUGAAUCACACUGGGGCCCACAAAAUCAACAACGCCAUAGCGCAAGUUUUGCUUGCAAAGCGUCUUGGCAAGUUGCGUAUCAUUGCCGAAACAGGGGCUGGUCAGCAUGGUGUUGCCACAGCCACCGUUUGUGCUCGGUUUGGCUUGCAGUGUGUUAUCUACAUGGGUGCUCAAGAUAUGGAGAGACAAAAGCUCAAUGUCUUCAGAAUGCGUCUUCUUGGCGCGGAGGUUAGACCAGUUCACUCAGGGACUGCAACCCUGAAGGACGCCACAUCCGAAGCUAUACGCGAUUGGGUCACCAACGUGGAAUCUACUCAUUACAUACUCGGAUCAGUUGCCGGGCCCCAUCCUUACCCUAUGAUGGUUAGGGAGUUUCAUGCUGUUAUUGGUAAGGAAACUAGGAAGCAGGCCUUACAAAAAUGGGGGGGAAAGCCCGACGUGCUUGUUGCUUGUGUUGGCGGAGGAUCUAAUGCCAUUGGGCUCUUUCAUGAGUUUGUGGAGGACAAGGACGUUAGGCUCAUUGGUGUUGAGGCUGCUGGUUUCGGCUUGGACAGUGGCAAACAUGCAGCCACUUUGACUAAAGGAGAGGUCGGGGUCUUGCAUGGAGCAAUGAGUUACUUGUUGCAAGAUGCGGAUGGGCAGAUAAUCGAGCCACAUUCAAUAAGUGCUGGGCUGGACUAUCCUGGAGUUGGCCCGGAGCACAGCUUUCUAAAGGAUAUUGGGCGGGCCGAGUACUAUAGCAUCACUGAUGAGGAGGCUUUAGAUGCUUUUAAGAGACUGUCUAGACUAGAGGGGAUUAUCCCUGCACUAGAGACAUCUCAUGCACUGGCUUAUCUCGAGAAGCUGUGCCCUUCUCUUCCGGAUGGGGCCAAAGUCGUCCUGAACUGCAGUGGCAGAGGAGAUAAAGACGUUCAGACGGCCAUUAACCAUUUAAAGCUCUGAAAGCUAUACAUGCCAUCCCUAAUAUAUCACAUGUUUCUGAUUUUCGAGAGAGAUUUGGCUGUUGCAAUGCGUUCCCCUCAUUGACCAGUUUUUUUCUGUUUAAAUAGAGAUGUAAACCGGAAACAAUUUACCAGCAAGCACUGAGAGACUCAUUAUAGUUUAUGUAUAAUAACUUAGACUUCAGAUUGUGGAAGAGAUUAAAGUCCCUAAAAGUCUAGCUAUGGUCCAUAAAUAGGGCAUUUACUUUACCUAUUCGGAGUUAAAUGUAUUAUUAUCAUUGUUGAUAACCUCUUAUCAAAGAUUCAUAAACGUAGUGAAAUUUUUGUUUACAAUCAGAUUGGCGGGAUGACCUCCCUGUAAUGUGUUAUCACUCGUCAAUAUUGAAAUCUUUUCAGUUGAUUAUGUAGUUUUUAAGGCAAGCUUAAAUAGGACUUACCUGUUAUGUGUUUUCAC